AUGUUCCCUCAACGCAAUAUCCUUCGUCUGGCUCAGCGUUCUGCGCAGCAGCAGCGUUCCGCUCCGGUUCGCUCUGCCAUUCAGCGCCGGUUCAACAGCACCGACUCCAAGCUUCCCUGGAUGGUCGACAACGCAUUCAACCGUGAGAGAGCGGCUGUCAAGCACCACGCUGCCUCCACCAGUGAUCUCUGGCGCAAGCUCUCUAUCUACGCCGUUAUUCCUUGCCUCAUCCUUGGCUCCCUCAAUGCUUACAACCUCUGGGAAGAGCAUUGGGAGCACUGGGAGCACAUGCCUCCCCUUGAGGAGCGUGUGGAAUACCCAUACCAGAAUAUCCGUGUGAAGAACUUCCCCUUUGGAGAUGGUGACAAGGUAAACUCCUUCCGUUCCAUAUAA